AUGCAGCCUCAGCUUUCCUUGCUGUCGAUAGGAAAUCAGUUCCUGGGGACGUUCGUCGCUAAUCUCAUCGCCCUUGCGCAUGGCUUCACGCUCGGCUGGGUGUCACCUUCGCUGGAAUAUUUGCGUUCAAACGAUACGCAUCUCGCCGGAGGGCCGAUGACGGUCGAAGAGAUCUCCUGGUUGGGUUCAUCACUCUGCAUCGGUGGAAUGAUUGGAGUGCCACUUUACGGAUCACUCGCCGACCGGAUAGGCAAACGCAGGGCUUUGCAGUGUAUCGCGGUUCCGCAUGUGGCAUUCUGGAUGUUUGUCAUCUUCGGAACGGACGUCGUCCAGCUAUGCGUUGGCCGUGUGUUGGCCGGUGUUGCCGGUGGUGGCAUCAUACGCAUCGUGCCACUCUUCGUAGCCGACAUCGCGGAUCCUCGCAUUCGUGGCAUGCUUGGAUCGCUGCUACCCGUCUGCUUUAAUCUCGGCACCGUGCUGGCGUUCAUACUCGGAACGCUCGUGCCGUUCGGAACGUUUCCUCUAGUAGUGCUAGCACUACCAGCACUCUUCAUGGUCGCGAUUAUAUUUCUACCGGAAACACCGGCCUGCUUACUGCGCAUCUACCGGAACGAGCAGGCGGAACGGUCGCUCAUGUUUUACCGCGGCGUACGGGGACACUUUGGCAAAUCCGACGCAUUUCGGUACGAGCUCCAGCAGCUAAAGGAUGUGAUCGAGCGCGAAAGGACGGCUCCGGAUGCUGCUCUGUCGUGGAACGACUUCGCCACGAAACCAGCCCGCCGGGGUCUUGCGAUGGGUUUGCUUCUUAUGCUGCUUACCCAAACCAGUGGCACACUAGCGCUUAUUACCUACGCCAGCAGUAUCUUCGAGCUGGCCGGUCCUCCGUCAGCCACCGGACAAUACGCCAUCCUUCCUGCUUCCCUAUCCUCCAUCGUCCUGGCCACUGUGCAGCUGCUCGGAACGAUUCUCUCCCUAGCGCUGGUCGAUCGGAUAGGGCGCAAGAUCUUGCUGAUCGUGUCCUGCCUGGGUGUGGCCCUCGGAUACCUCACACUAGCCGGUUAUGUGCAGUUUUUCCUAUCAUCUCCGGACGAUAUGCCAACAGGCGUCAGCCAGUUCCUGCCCAUCUGUAGCCUGUCCGUUAGCAUCCUGCUAGCGUCGAUCGGAUUGCUUACCGUGCCGUUCGUCGUCAUGGCCGAGGUGUUGCCGUCGAAGAUAAGAAACAUUGGCAGCACAAUAUGCAUGACGAUCGUCGCUUUGUCCGCGUUCAUCGUGCUGAAGCUGUUCCCGGUUUUGCUUGAUACGGUCGGACUGGCGGGAACUAUGGGAGGACUCGCGUUGGUAUGCGUCGCUGGAGCUAUAUUAAUCAUAAUGUUUCUACCGGAAACGCGUGGCAAGUCACUGUUGUCUAGCACCGAAAGUGAAGAACCGUCGGCGAAUGGGAGAGUUGAUGGUGUUUAA